UUCCCCGAGAUUCGCCUUGGAUUCUUAACUCCGCUCGAACCUACUUUCCGCCGGACCUGCCGGGAAUUGCUUUUUUUACACGCCCUGGCUAAUACUCCCACGCGAUGGUGUGCUAAGACGUUGGAUCACGGUACUUCUGUCAAGUUCGUAUUUGAGAGACUUGGCAAGACGAGAAGAUGAACAGCCAAGCAUUUAAUUUAGCAGAACGGCUGAUACCACCAACUUACGUUCAGCAAGGAUGGAAUGCAAAGAAAACUCGCGAGAAUCUUAUACGACAUUUUAUCGAACAUCGAAAAUGGCCAGAAGAAGGAUGGGACGAUGCUACAAUAGAGGCAUUCUUGACAGACCUCGCACAAAUGGACAGCAACAAUUUUCCUGCAAAUUGCAGCGUGGGUGAGCGGGAGGCUAGAAUAAUAUCAAAUAUAGUAGCACGACGUCACUUUCGCAUGGGCCAUGGAAUUGGCAGGUCUGGCGAUUUAGAGGAAGUACAACCUAAGGCUGCUGGGAGUAGUUUAAUGUACAAAUUAACAAAUGCACUUGUGUUGGAGGUCAUUCGUUACAUGGGAGUUAAAAGCAUAGCAGGUUGUUUCCUAUCUCCGAUGGCAACAGGCAUGAGUCUGGUUCUGUGCAUGCUGACAUUAAAGCAAGACAGACCGAGAGCACAAUAUGUCUUGUGGCCUAGAAUCGACCAAAAAUCCAGUUUUAAAUCAAUUAUUACAGCAGGAUUAGAACCUGUAGUGAUCGAAAUGCAAAUCAUAGGCGAUGAAUUAAAAACCGAUCUACAGAGGUUGGAAGCUCAGAUGGCGGCUUUAGGUGAAAGCGUGGCCUGUGUUCUCACAACCACAAGCUGUUUCGCACCAAGAGCCUGUGAUUCGGUUGAUCUGAUCGCAGCACUUUGCACUCAGUAUAAUAUACCACAUUUAGUUAACAAUGCAUAUGGGUUACAGAGUACUCGUUGCAUGCAUCUUAUACAAGAAGCAUCGAGAAAAGGUCGUGUCGAUGCCUUUGUUCAGAGCACCGACAAAAACUUUCUUGUUCCCGUGGGUGGUGCUGUGAUCGGUUCUUUUGAUAAAAGUCUGUUGGACCGUAUUUCUAAAAUGUAUCCUGGACGAGCCAACGCAAGCUCAACAAUGGAUGUUAUGAUAACAUUGUUAAGUCUCGGAAUGGCAGGAUACAAACAGUUGAUCGCACAGCGCAAGGAAAUGUAUUCUUAUCUGAAAGAGGAAUUAGGAAAAUUGGCAUCCAGGCAUGGAGAAAGAUUGCUAGAUACAAAAGGCAAUCCCAUAUCAAUGGGGAUGACAUUACAAUGUCUCAGUCAUCAGCACGAUAACAAACAAGUUACGUUGCUUGGCUCGACACUGUUUCUCAGAAACGUCAGCGGUACCAGAGUUAUAACAACGACCGACUCUAAACACAUUGUUUCACACAAGUUCGAAGGUUGGGGAGCACAUAAUAGUAACUACCCGGUGCCAUAUUUAACAGCAGCUGCUGCUUUAGGCAUGAAGAGGUCAGAUGUUGAUGCAUUUAUUCAACGUUUGGAUAAAGCUUUGACGAAAGUCAGACGUCGUUCUGCUCCUGUCACUCCAACAGCUUCGUUGGCUGGAUCCAGUAUUAACGGUGAUGCAGGAGGUGCUGGUGGGCCAGGUGAAUCUAGCACAGCUUCCACCAGCCGAGCAAGUAGUAAAGAUAGUUUGAGAAAAUGAACCGUAAUCAACGCAACCGGCCAGUCAAAUCAGCAUAUUAACAUUAAUUUGUAAGUGCAUCCACUUACAAAUGCCUGCCAUCACGUACCUCUAGAACACACCUCGCAUCAAAAUCCAUUAUAUGGACGUCUAUUUUCUCUACUCAAAAACGUAAAUACCUAUCGUAU